AUGGCGCAGCAGCAACAGGUUGCGCUGGAGCGGCUGGAGCACAUCACGCGAGGGCUGCGGUCGCGGACUGGAGAUGAGACUCGCAAGCGAGCUGCGCUGCAGCUGCGGGAACUCGUGGCCGUAUGCCAUCGAGACCUCAGUCAGGAACAGUUCCUCGCCUUCUACAAUGCCGUCAACAACAAAAUCACACAACUCAUCACCCACGGCAGCGACUCCGCGGAGCGGCUGGGCGGCAUUUAUGCGCUGGACUCGCUCGUCGACUUCGAUGGAGUAGACGUCGCCGCCAAGUACACUCGGUUCACCCAGAACCUCAAGACGAUUCUGCGUGGCAAAGACAUCAAUCCCAUGCAGCCUGCCGCUAUUGCCCUGGGUAAACUCUGUCGUCCAGGCGGAUCCUUGAUUUCCGAACUCGUCGACUCCGAGGUCAACACCGCCCUCGAGUGGCUCCAGAACGAUCGAGUCGAAGAACGCAGAUACAGCGCUGUGCUCGUUCUCAGGGAGCUCGCGAGAAACGCCCCGACGCUCAUGUACCAGUUCAUCCCCACCAUCUUCGACUGGAUUUGGGUCGGCCUGCGAGACCCUCGAAAACUCAUCCGUGCCACCUCGGCCGAGACUGUCAGCGCCUGCUUCCGCAUCAUUCGGGAGCGCGACCAGGAGAUGAAACAGCUUUGGAUGAGCAAGAUAUACCACGAGGCCAGGCAGGGCCUCAAGAUCAACACCGUCGAGUCGAUCCACGCCUCUCUGCUGGUUCUCAAGGAACUUCUCGAGCAAGGGGGCAUGUAUAUGCAGGAGCAUUACCAGGAGGCUUGUGACAUUGUCUGCAAGCACAAGGACCAUCGGGAUCCAACAAUCAGGAGCACUGUUGUGCUCCUUAUCCCAGACCUGGCAAGCUACUCGCCAGCAGACUUUGCACACGCCUGGCUGCACAAGUUCAUGGUCUAUCUUUCUGGCAUGUUGAAAAAGGACAAGGAGCGAAACGACGCCUUCCUCGCCAUCGGCAACAUUGCAAAUUCCGUCAAGAGCGCGAUUGCGCCGUAUCUCGAUGGGGUUCUCAUCUACGUCCGCGAAGGCCUCAGCGUGCAGUCCCGCAAGAGAGGCUCGGUGGACCCCGUCUUUGACUGCAUCAGUCGCCUUGCCGUCGCCGUGGGCCAGACGCUGAGCAAAUACAUGGAGGCGCUGCUCGACCCCAUCUUUGCCUGCGAUUUGACUCCAAAGUUGACCCAAGCCUUGGUCGACAUGGCGUUCUACAUCCCCCCCGUCAAGCCCACGAUCCAGGAGAGGCUGCUCGAUAUGCUGAGCAUCGUCCUCUGCGGCGAACCUUUCAAGCCACUUGGCGCUCCACAGCCCAACACGCUCAGUUCUGUGCCCGCCAUUGCAAAAGACGCCAAGGAUCCCCAAGCCUAUGAGCAUCGGCGGGCAGAGGUCAAACUUGCCCUCAAUACCCUCGGCAGCUUCGACUUCUCCGGCCACAUCCUCAACGAGUUCGUGCGAGACGUGGCCAUCAAAUACGUCGAAGACGAGGACCCCGAAAUCAGAGAGGCGGCCGCUCUCACGUGCUGUCAGCUCUACGUCCGAGACCCCAUCGUCAACCAGACAAGCUACCACGCCCUUCAAGUCGUCGGAGACGUGAUUGAGAAGCUACUCACCGUGGGGGUCUCAGACCCAGAGCCCAGCAUUCGGAGAACAGUGCUGGCCGCGCUUGACGAGCGUUUCGACCGCCAUUUGGCCAAGGCCGAAAAUAUCCGCAUCCUGUUCUUUGCCCUCAACGACGAGAUUUUCUCCAUCAGGGAGGUAUCCAUCUCCAUCAUCGGCCGGCUGGCCAGAUACAACCCGGCAUACGUUAUCCCGUCCCUGCGAAAAACCCUCAUCCAGAUGCUCACCGAGCUGGAAUUCUCCGACGUCGCCCGCAACAAGGAAGAAAGCGCCAAGUUGCUCAGCCUCCUUGUGCAGAAUGCACAAACCCUCAUCAAGCCAUACGUGGAGCCCAUGAUCUCGGUUCUUCUGCCCAAGGCCAGCGACCCUCUGCCAUCGGUCGCUGCAACCAUCUUGAAGGCCAUUGGGGAGCUGGCAACCGUCGGGGGCGAAGACAUGCUCCCUUACAAGGAUCGGCUGAUGCCGUUGAUCAUCGACGCGCUGCAGGAUCAGAGCUCGAACAUCAAACGCGAGGCUGCGCUCAAUGCCUUGGGCCAGCUGGCGAGCAAUUCGGGAUACGUUAUUAGACCAUAUCUCGAGUAUCCCCAGUUGCUGCAAAUUCUACAGGGCAUCAUCAGGACAGAGGGCCAGCGUGGCCCUCUCAGGCAGGAGACCAUCAAGCUGAUGGGUAUUUUGGGUGCUCUGGACCCUUAUAAGCACCAGCAAGUUGAAGAGCGUACACCAGAGGUGCAACGACGAGUCGAGUCGAAUCAGAUGACCGAUAUCUCGCUGAUGAUGACGGGGCUGACGCCCUCUAACAAAGAGUAUUUCCCCACCGUGGUCAUCAACGCCCUGCUCCAGAUCCUCAAGGACCAUUCACUUGCCCAGCAUCAUGCUGCGGUGAUUGAGGCAAUCAUGAACAUCUUCAGGACGCUCGGCCUCGAGUGUGUGUCCUUUUUGGAUCGCAUUGUUCCGGCAUUCCUCCACGUCAUCCGAUCCUCGGCCACGACCCGCCUGGAAUCGUACUUCAACCAACUUGCGACUCUAGUGAGCAUCGUUCGUCAACAUAUAAGGAACUAUCUUCCAGAUAUCAUUGAGAUUCUUCAGGAGUAUUGGCACAAAUCUAUGUCAUUGCAGACAACCAUUCUGUCCCUGGUGGAGGCCAUUUCUCGUUCCCUCGAGGGUGAGUUCAAAAUCUACCUGGCGGGGAUACUCCCUCUCAUGCUCGGAGUCCUCGACAAGGACUCGAGCGCAAAAAGGGUGCCCUCUGAGCGAGUCCUCCACGCCUUUCUCGUCUUCGGCGCCAGCGCGGAAGAGUACAUGCACCUCAUCAUUCCCGUCAUUGUCCACACGUUUGAGAAGCAGGGCCAGCCAACGUUUAUCAGAAAACAGGCGAUUGACACCAUCGGGAAGAUAUCGCGGCAGGUCAACUUAAACGACUAUGCAGCGAAGAUCAUUCACCCUCUCACUCGUGUGUUGGACAUGGGCGAGCCGUCGCUGAGAGUGGCUGCACUGGAUGCUCUCUGCGCCUUGAUCCAACAGCUCGGCAAGGACUAUCUUCACUUCAUGGGCACAGUCAAUAAAGUCAUCAACCAGCAUCAGAUCCAGCACCAGAACUAUGAACUGUUUGCGAGCAAAUUGAAAAAGGGCGAAGUGCUGCCGCAGGACCUGAGUUCUAAGUCACGGUUUGCCGACAUGGCGGACGAAACGCCAUUGGCCGACCUGGGGACCAAGAAGCUCGAAAUGAACCCUGUUCACCUCAAGGCCGCGUGGGACACAAGGGGCAAGUCUACGAUGGAAGACUGGCAGGAGUGGUUACGGCGCUUCAGCACGACGCUCCUCACAGAGUCGCCAAACCACGCACUUCGAGCCUGCGCCAGCCUUGCGAGCGUCUACCUACCCUUGGCCCGAGAGUUGUUCAACUCGGCCUUUGUUUCGUGCUGGAGUGAGUUGUAUGAGCAAUUCCAAGACGAACUCAUCCAGAACAUUGAGAGUGCCAUCAAAUCCGAGAAUGUGCCACCCGAGCUGCUCGGUCUCUUGCUCAAUCUCGCCGAGUUCAUGGAGCAUGAUGACAAGGCUCUGCCCAUCGACAUCCGCGUCCUUGGCCGGGAAGCAGCUCGCUGCCACGCCUACGCAAAAGCUCUUCACUACAAAGAAUUGGAGUUUUUGCAGGACCAAAGCAGCGGAGCCGUCGAGGCGCUCAUCGUCAUCAACAACCAGCUCCAGCAAUCCGACGCCGCUAUCGGUAUUCUCCGUAAAGCCCAGUUGUACAAGGAAGGCAUUCAGCUUCGUGAAACGUGGUUCGAGAAGCUCGAGAGAUGGGAAGAGGCAUUGGCCUUUUACAACAAGCGUGAACGGGAAGUUGCCCCAGAUCAACCGGUCCCCGUCGAAAUCGUCAUGGGCAAGAUGCGAUGCCUGCACGCCCUCGGCGAGUGGGAUGCGCUUGCCAACCUGACAAGCAGCACCUGGGCCAAUUCGGCGCCAGAAGUUCAGCGCAUGAUUGCUCCGCUUGCCACGGCGGCCGCGUGGGGCCUGGGCAAAUGGGACUCGAUGGAUAACUACUUGUCUUCGCUCAAGCGCCAUUCGCCUGAUCGCUCAUUCUUCGGAGCGAUCCUCGCUCUUCACCGGAAUCAGUUCCGUGAAGCGAUUGCUUGCGUCGAGCAGGCUCGCGAGGGCUUGGACACCGAACUCAGCGCACUUCAAUGCGACGAGAAGAAGCAGGCCACGAUGCGCAAGACUUGGGAGACUAGGCUUCAGGGGUGUCAGCGCAACGUCGAAGUCUGGCAUCGCAUGCUGCGGCUGAGAGCUCUGGUCAUUUCCCCUGCCGAGAACAUGCGCAUGUGGAUCAAGUUUGCGAACCUGUGUCGCAAGUCUGGUCGCAUGGGCCUGGCGGAGAAGUCGCUGAAGCAGCUCAUCGGCACCGACGCUGCUCUGGAGACCAUGAUUCCCUACUGGCUGGAGAGCAUGAACGAGCGCUCAAACUCAGCGACGCCUCGAAGCAUACCUGCCCAGGUCAUUUAUGCCAUGCUGAAGUACGAGUGGGAAAUGGGCCAACAGCCAACGGCGCGGCGAGACGGGGUUGCGGAGCGGACCUUGUACUGUCUCCAACGCUUCACGAACGACACCGCUCACCGGUUGGACUUGGCCAAGGCACAUCUCACAGCCCAGGUGGGUAGCGACAUGAACAUCACGGCCGACUAUGGGUUCCAGAACCAGGUGGAUCCAUCUGUCAUGAGCCCGCAGACGCAACGCGCCCUAUACGACCAGACGGUGCUGCUGGCCAAGUGCUAUCUGCGGCAAGGUGAAUGGUUGAUCUCGCUGAACAAGGACGACUGGCAGUACAGCAAAGUCCAGGAGAUUUUGACAUCAUACUCUCAAGCCACCAGAUACAACCCACGCUGGUACAAGGCAUGGCACGCGUGGGCGCUGGCAAACUUUGAGAUUGUGCAGACACUGUCGGCUCGGAACGACGGCCAGCUAUCGAGGGCAGAUCAAGCAAUGAUCAUCGAGCACGUGGUGCCCGCCAUUCAGGGCUUCUUCAAGUCUAUUGCUCUGUCCGCUGGGAGCUCUCUUCAGGACACCCUUCGUCUGCUGACGCUCUGGUUCACCCACGGCGGUAGCUCAGAAGUCAACUCUGCGGUCAUGGAUGGCAUAGCCAAUGUCAGCAUAGACACCUGGCUCGAGGUCAUCCCGCAGCUCAUUGCUCGGAUCAGUCAACCCAACAAGCGCGUCCAGCAAUCCGUGCACAACCUGCUCGCCGACGUGGGCAGGACUCACCCGCAGGCUCUCGUCUACCCCCUGACUGUUGCCAUGAAGUCUUGGCAAAACACGCGGAGGUCCAGAUCGGCCGCCCAGAUUAUGGACAGCAUGCGCCAGCACAGCGCGAACCUCGUGGCCCAAGCCGACACCGUAAGCCAUGAGCUCAUCCGCGUCGCAGUGCUUUGGCAUGAACUCUGGCACGAGGGCUUGGAAGAAGCAUCGCGACUAUACUUUGGCGACCACAACAUUGAAGGCAUGUUUGCGACGCUGGAGCCCCUCCACGACUUGCUGGAGCGCGGUCCGGAGACUUUACGUGAGAUUUCGUUCGCCCAAGCCUUUGGACGAGACCUCAAGGAGGCGCAAGAGUGGUGCCAUCAGUACGAGACGACAAAGGACGUCAACGAUCUCAACCAGGCCUGGGAUCUCUACUACCAAGUCUUCAGAAGAAUCUCCAGGCAGCUCCCGCAGGUGACAACGCUGGAGCUCACGUACUGCUCGCCUAAGCUGUUGGCUGCCAAGAACCUUGACUUGGCUGUGCCCGGGACGUACAAGAGCGGGCAACCGAUCGUCAAGAUUGUGUCAUUCGACUCUACCGUCAGCGUCAUCAAUUCGAAGCAACGGCCUAGGAAACUGAACGUCAACGGGAGCGACGGCGUGUCGUACGCCUUCCUACUCAAAGGCCAUGAAGAUAUCCGGCAGGAUGAGCGGGUCAUGCAGCUUUUCGGCCUCUGCAACACUCUACUUGCUAACGAUUCCGAGUGUUACAAGCGCCACCUCAACAUCCAACGCUAUCCUGCCAUUCCGCUGUCGCAAAACUCGGGUCUUCUGGGCUGGGUUCCGAACAGCGACACCCUCCACGUGCUGAUCCGCGAAUACCGAGAGAGUCGCAAGAUCCUGCUCAACAUCGAGCAUCGCAUCAUGUUGCAGAUGGCCCCCGAUUACGACAACUUGACGCUCAUGCAGAAGGUAGAGGUGUUUGGUUAUGCACUCGAUAACACCACAGGUCAGGACCUGUAUCGGGUGCUCUGGCUCAAGUCCAAGUCAUCGGAAGCAUGGCUUGAGCGGCGCACCAACUACACACGCUCAUUGGGCGUCAUGUCCAUGGUGGGCUAUAUACUUGGUCUCGGCGACCGUCAUCCCUCAAACUUGAUGCUCGACCGAAUCACGGGCAACAUUAUUCACAUUGAUUUUGGCGAUUGCUUCGAAGUUGCGAUGAAGCGUGAAAAGUACCCGGAACGGGUACCUUUCCGACUGACUCGCAUGUUGACGUACGCCAUGGAGGUCAGCAACAUCGAGGGCAGCUUCAGGAUUACCUGCGAGCACGUCAUGCGGGUGCUCCGAGAGAACAAGGAGAGCGUGAUGGCGGUAUUGGAGGCUUUCAUCCACGACCCCCUCCUCACCUGGCGUCUCACCAACGCGGCAUCUCCUGCCGGACCCAACUUCCAGUCCGAGCGGGAGGCAGCUCUCGUCGGGCCGAACGCGGUGCGCGCCCGACGACACUCCAUUUUGGACGCGGACGUGGCGCCAUCGGAGCUGCUGGCCAAUGGCGAGCCCUCGGCACCACCCGUAACACGUACUCGCGCGCGUACGAACAGCUCCGCGGCUCCGGACGGUAACAUGGUCAACGGAGCGCAAGAGACUGAAAGCCAAAAUGCGAGAGCCAUCGAAGUUCUCGACCGCGUCGCUCAAAAGCUCACCGGCCGCGAUUUCAAGAACACUGAGGAGCUGGACGUGAUUAACCAGGUCAACAAACUGAUUGUCGAGGCAACCAAGCUUGAGAAUCUCUGUCAGCACUACAUCGGAUGGUGCAGCUUCUGGUAG